AUGACAUCCACUGCAGGGACCAGCUACACCUUGAUUCCUAACCAAAAAUACAGACGCAGUAACCGUCGCUCCAGACAGCACUGCAGCAUCUUGGACAAAGACUCCCAAUCUCUGUCAACACUUGGCUAUUUUCAAACGCUUCCAUUAGAGAUCUUUCAAAUGGUAUUGAAUUAUCUUUCAGUGAAGGAUAUCAGCAUGCUGAGCAUGGUGUCGAAAACCAUCAGCAACCACCUUAUUAAUUACAUCUCAACCUCAUCAGGAAACCGAAGGCUCUUAUUGCAAGACUUUCAUAACCUUGAGCUACCUGGCAAGAGAGAAGGAUCCUAUAUUUUAGAGCACUACAAAUCUCUAGGAUUGUUGUUUAAAAGAUGCACACUUCUAUUGCCUACAAAAGAUAGGCUCAAGUAUAUACACAAGAUUCUUUCAGAAGUUUCCUGUUUUAAACUUAAUGGUUGUCCGAGUCCUUUGCAUUGUUUAGGAUUACAGUGCUAUGGGGUAUUUUUACAGAUCCUAACAGCAGGCUGGGAUGAACUAGAGUGUCACCGGGUUUUUAACUUCCUCUGUGAGCUGAGCAAUUUACCCCGUAAAGUACAGACAGUUGUCAGCAGCAAACCAGGAAGUGCCCGAAAGCUAGAGCUGCGGAUAAGGUUAUACUGUCGUAGCGUCUUGUUGAACCACUGGAUUCAUCAAAGUGAUUCUGCAUUUUGGUUGACUCGUAUUUUAAAGCCAUGGCCCAUUGUUAAUCAAGCUCGCCUGCUGUAUAUCAUCUUUGGGCCAGUGUCCUCCCUUGAUGGACAUGUGGUCUGGCAGAAAAUGAUAGAAGGACCAACAGAUGAGACCAGCCUGAAAGGUCUGGCAGAUGCAAUUAAACUGCUGUAUGAUACAGAAGCGAGAGAAUGGACGGCAGAUGAUGUUAUCAGUCUUGUGGAUGAGCUGUCAGUUGUUCCUCGGGAGUGGCUCAUGGAGAACAAUGCUCGGCUUCUUAUUCUGAGUGGAAACAACAUUUGCUUCACUUUCAUGGCCAGUAAAGCUGUGAACGGGAGAGCUGUCGAGUUAGCCAGACUCGUGGUCUUCCUGGCCUUGGUCUGUGAGAAGGACCUGUACUGCAUGGACUGGGUGGUAAAAAUGAUGCAGAAGGUCUGCAAAGUUUUCAGCACUCCAGGGGAGAGAAACAACUUUCUGCAGUGCGUGGAGAACGCCUUCGCUUACGUGAUCAUGGACGUGGUACAGGCAGUGCUGUCCGGGGAUCGUGAUGAAGAGGACAUCAGCUUUCUGAAUUUAUUCCACUUUGUAAAUGCACAAGCGAACUUCCAUAAAGAAAUCCUGUACCUUACCAUGAGAAGCAACAGCAACACCGUUUGAUGCUCUGAAUUUUACAGACUCUUACUCUACUCCUGCUGGAUUUUUCUUCUUUUUUUUUUAAGCAUUUGCAAAGACCUGUCCAAUUACUUCUUAAAUUUCCAUUCCAGUAAGAGGUGGAGAGGCAGCAGGAGAAGCUAGUGCCAUACAUGUCAGAGCAGCUGAAUGAGCUCAUGGAACCGUUGGGGACCUCUCAGCAGUCGCAGCGGAGUUCUGCACGACUUGCUCCGCGGAGGCUGCGCUAAGACGCUCUGAGGAAGCAGGCUGGGGGCCUCUGGUUUGGGAACACGAGCUGCAUUCUCUUCCCACUGUGUAUGUUUGCAUACACAAUAAAAAUGACAUGGUUUUCAUGUUUGAUGUGCAUACACAAAUUGAAGAAUGUUGUCUUAGUUCAGAACCAAAAACGUUCAGAUCUUUUGUUUUCUCUUGGGAAUUGGAGGAGCGACAGACAGACACAAUUAGAGAAGCACAGCCGCAUUUUUGCAGUUUGCCAGGGUCUCUCUCACUAACUCACAUUCUGCAACACAACUGCUCCACCGAUUGUGCAUUCGGCUUCAGCAGAAAGAGGCGAUUCCUGACAGCAAUUUCACUGCUUUGAUCAAGCAAGGCAUUUUCUUCCCCUCAAACUACACGUGCCAUAAAGCAGAAGAAACUUCAAAUCCCUCUCCCUACCUAGUGUAAUAACUGAACUGUUGAAGUGUAUUUGCCUUCGUAGGAUGUAGCUAAGUUGAAGACACACGUUAAACGCACAUAGGCUAAGAUCACUGUUUCACUGAAGUAUAUAAAUGUUUGCUACUUAUAAAAGGUUUUGAUUUUCUGCUCUAUUGCCUUCAAAACACAAGUAUGGAAUGCAUAAUAAAAAGCACUUACUUUACUGUGCGCAGUUUACAACGUGGCUGUUUCCUUCCUACUAUUCAGUGUCCUUCAUCUCCACCUGAACCACUUUCCAAAUGUUUCAGUGUUCCUCCCGGGCCAGGCUGUAGCUGCAGGGCCCCUGUUCAGCUCUGAAAGCUGCAAACAGGGAAUUGGUGCCCGCUUACCCCAGCUGCCCCCACUUGAUUUGAUCAGUAAUGAGCUGACAGCAAACAGCUCUGUGAUGAUUCGCUCGGCGGUUUGCAGGUUAAAAAUUCUUGCAACAUUUGUUGAAUAUACAAUUACAGACAGGAUUUGAUUACGUCAAGGAGUGGAUAAUAAUUUGCAGAGGCUCUUUGCAGCGUGCCGGUAGAUGGCAGAGGUGAAGCCUUCCCGAGAGGAGUAUCUGCAGGCAAUUGCUUCCAAUAUCCCUUUUUUUCUUGCUCUUUGAAGGUUUUAUUUAAGAGCACGCUGCAACGCCACAGCUGUGCCGCAACCAGAUGUUAUUUCUGAAGGAAGCGAAACGCAAGACUCCCUGACAUGUCGUCAGUGAGCAGAACGCCUCCAAACAGAUCCUUAACGACCUUCAAAUAUGAGGAGAAAACAGAUCUACCGAGGCCGGGGAAAGGCAGCCGGGAGGCCGCUGAGGCGGGAUGCCACGGCCCAGCUGGCUGGCCGGCCCUCCCUCUCCUACCGAUAAAUAAUCUCAACGGCCGGAAUCGGGGAUAACGGAGUGGGGCCCUGAGAGCCACCUCGUCCCCUCGCUCCGGGCAUGAGGCCGCCUCGGCGCUGGCUCUGCCCCCGGGGCCUGCCUCAUCCCCCGGCGCCGCCGGCCGAGCGGCGGUGGGUUAAGAGCGCCCGUCACGAGGGAUGCCGUUAGGCGAGCGCAGUGAUACGGGGAGAGGAAGCUCUUCGAGUCACUGGCAGCAGCCAGCAAAGCUGAAACGUCAGCUCCGCCGGCGCUCGCAGCAGAUCCUCCAGGCACGCGAGUCUUAGGCGGCCGCCAACCGUGAGAUAUUGAUGGCCUUAUUAAUUAUUAUUAUUAUUACCCACUCUUUUUUUUUUUUUUUUUCUCACAUACGCAAUUGCUCAGCAAGCGUUUGCCGCUAGCUUUUGUUCAGCGCUUCCACCAGAGGAGGACUUUCCUCCCCAAAGGAUCAGAGCUCAGGCCCACCAAAGCGGUGCUUUCCGAACCAGUUUCGUUUGAACUGGAAAAACGGCACCAGCCCUUGCAGCCUCCUUUUCCGAUAUCACCCUCUGAUCGGCUCCCGCCGUUAAACACCGCCGGGCCAGUGGCACCCAGGCGGGGACCCCCCGGGCAGCACCGUGCGCCAGAGGAGCUGGGACCUCGAUAUUGAGAAAACGGGGCUUUCUCUUCCGCUGCCA